CCCCUCCUCCCCUUUUCCCUCUCCCCCUCCUCCUCAGCCUCCGUGAGCGAGACACCAAUAUGGAGCCCGAGGACCUGCCGUGGCCCGGCGAGCUCGAGGAGGAGGAGGAGGAGGAAGGGGAGGAGGAGGAGGUGGCGGCGGAGAACUUGGAUGAGGAUGAGGUGGUGAUGGUGGAGGACGUAGAGGAAGAGGAGCGGCGGGAAUUGGACGCGGACUUCAACUUCGAGAGCCUGCCUCGGGAGAGUACGGACGACGAGGAGGUCGAGGAGGACGAUGAGGCCAAGGCCUGGCUGCAGGCGCACCCCGGCGGGACUCAGCCUCCGCCGCUGCCGAAGCACCGCUACAGCGAGAGCGAGCGGACCGGCCCGGAGAAGGUUGUUCCGUUGACCAGUCAUGUAUGGCAACAGUCAUCAUAUCAAGAUAGUAGUAGAAUACAGAUUUCUGAUUCUAAUGUGAUCUCUUUGGAAAAAACAUCUGAGUGGGGUUCUGGGGAUGACGAGAGAACAGAAUCUUGGCAUUUUCUUCCUCAAGAAGUCGACUCUUCCCAUACCUUGGAUACAACCCAGACCAGGUUUAAUGUGAGAGAGGAAGGGACAGAAGUGAUAGACUUCCCCUCUGUGGAGGAAGGUAUCUUGACCCAAUCAGAAAAUCAAGUAAAGGAACACAACAGAGAUCUCUUUUGUUCUCCAUUGCUAGUCAUUCAAGAUAGCUUUGCUUCUCCCGAUUUGCCUUUGCUGACAUGUUUGACACAAGACCAAGAGUUUGGGCCUGAUUCCAUAUUUCACCAAAGUGAACCAGAUUUUGCACCUCUGAGGGGAAUUCCUGAGAAGUCAGGAUCUUCAAACAUUAUUUACCCAGUGGAAGUAUCGUCUUCAGAUUCUUUGUUUUUGCAAGAUUUAAAGCAGCAAACCUUUGAAGAAGUUGCAGAUUCCUCAGGCUAUAUUUUGGAGGAUGUGCAAGGGAAGGCUGAAUCUGACAUCUAUUCUCUGGAUGAUGACACUGAAUGCUGUAGCCUAGAUGAAAAUGCUGAUGUAUGCAGUAAAAGAUCUACUGAACUACAAAGAGAGAUAUAUGACCAAGGUGACUUGACUGGGGAGUGCAGUGAGCUAGCAGGUUUAGAAAAUUUGCUUGAUGAUUUAGAGUUUUGUGACAUCUCCCUGCCCUGGGAGUCUCCUUUACAACUAUCAUCCAAGGAAGAGACUGUAGGUCAUUCUGAUAUGGAUAUUAGUCAGUCUUUUUCAUCUGUAUUGCCUCCAUUUGUUCCUCAUGAGCCAACCAGGGAGUUGGAGUAUCACUCUUCGGAUCUCAGAAUGUUGAGGGUAUCUCCUGAGAUUGUGCCAAAGACCCUCAAACAUUUAUCAGGAGAUAUUCCUAAAGGAGUUACAAGUGAAAUUACUCAAUCCAACUUGAAAACAGACAUCACUGCCACUUCUGGAGAUUCAGGCAUCGGAUCUCAUUUACCCUUAUCUUCUGAUGACUUUUCUCAGUUGGCCGUAAGGUCUUCUGUGGAGAAUAUUAUUGGUCUAAAUACUGAUACUCUCAACCAACAGAUAUCUACAAAUGGUAAUGUAGCUAAAGAGACACUGAAAGUUUCAGCUGUUUCUGAACUAGCUGACCAGAACGCUGGGAUAUCAACAAUACCCUUUAGUUCCUACUCACUAAGAGAGAAGCCCAAUAUUUUCUACCCACAGGCCUUGAAAGAUAGUCAUCUAACUGAAGAGGCUCUAAGAGUUUCAGCUGUUCUUGGACCUGCUGACCAGAAGACCAACAUAUCUACAGUCCCUCCAGGUUCUUACUUACUUGGAGAGAAGCACCGUAUUUUCUAUCAACAGGCAUUGCCACAUAGUAAUAAAACUGAACAGACUCUGAAAGUUUCCUUUGUUCCUGGACCAGCUGAUCAAUCGACUGCAAUACCAACAGUAUCCUCUACUUUAUACUCACAUGGAGAGAAAUCCCAUAUUUUCUAUCAACAGACGUUGCCAGAAAGUCUUCAAACUGAACAGGCUGUAAAAGUUUCUGCUGCUCCUGGAUCCACAGAGCAGAAAACGGGCAUACCAAUAGUAUCGUCUACUUACUCAUAUAGAGAGAAGCCCAGUAUUUUCUACCAGCAAGAGUUGCCAGAGAGUCAUCUAAGUGAACAGUCUCAACAAGCUGCAACUGUUUCUGGAUUUGUUGACCAGAAGACCAGGAUACCAACAGGAACCUCUAUUUCUUAUUCACAUGGAGAGAAGCUCAAUAUUUUCUACCAGCAAGAGUUGUCAGAGAAUCAUCUAACUGAACAGUCUCAACAAGCUGCAGUUGUUUCUGGGUUUGCUGACCAGAAGACUGGGAUACCAACAGAAACCUCUAUUUCUUAUUCACAUGGAGAGAAGCCCAGUAUUUUCUAUCAGCAAGAGUUGCCAGAGAAUCAUCUAACUGAACAGUCUCAACAGGCUGCAGUUGUUUCUGGAUUCGCUGACCAGAGGACUGGGACACCAACAGGAACCUCUAUUUCUUACUCACAUAGGGAGAAGCCCCAUAUUUUCUAUCAACAGACAUUGCCAGAAAGUCUUCAAACUGAACAUGCUGUGAAAGUUUCUGCUGCUCCUGGAUCCACAGAGCAGAAAACGGGCAUACCAAUAGUAUCGUCUAGUUACUCACAUAGAGAGAAGCCCAGCAUUUUCUACCAGCAAGAGUUGCCAGAGAGUCAUCUAAGUGAACAGUCUCAACAAGCUGCAACUGUUUCUGGAUUUGCUGACCAGAAGAUUGGGAUACCAACAGGAACCUCUACUUCAUAUUCACUUGGAGAGAAGCCCAGUAUUUUCUACCAGCAGGAGUUGCCAGAGAGUCAUCUAAGUGAACAGUUUCAACAAGCUGCAACUGUUUCUGGAUUAGCUUACCAGAAGACUGGGAUACCAACAGGAACCUCUAUUUCUCAUUCACAUGGAGAGAAGCCCAGUAUUUUCUAUCAGCAAGAGUUGUCAGAGAGUCAUCUAACUGAUCAGUCUCAACAGGCUGCAGUUGUUUCUGGAUUUGCUGACCAGAAGACUGGGACACCAACAGGAACCUCUAUUUCUUACUCACAUAGGGAGAAGCCCCAUAUUUUCUAUCAACAGACAUUGCCAGAAAGUCUUCAAACUGAACAUGCUGUGAAAGUUUCUGCUGCUCCUGGAUCCACAGAGCAGAAAACGGGCAUACCAAUAGUAUCGUCUGCUUAUUUACAUAGGGAGAAGCCCAGUAUUUUCUACCAGCAAGAGUUGCCAGAGAAUCAUCUAAGUGAACAGUUUCAACAAGCUGCAACUGUUUCUGAAUUUACUGACCAGAAGACUGGGAUACCAACAGGAAGCUCAACUUUUUAUUCACAUGGAGAGAAGCCCAGUAUUUUCUAUCAGCAAGAGUUGUCAGAGAGUCAUCUAACUGAUCAGUCUCAACAGGCUGCAGUUGUUUCUGGAUUUGCUGACCAGAAGACUGGGACACCAACAGGAACCUCUAUUUCUUACUCACAUAGGGAGAAGCCCCAUAUUUUCUAUCAACAGACAUUGCCAGAAAGUCUUCAAACUGAACAUGCUGUGAAAGUUUCUGCUGCUCCUGGAUCCACAGAGCAGAAAACGGGCAUACCAAUAGUAUCAUCUACUUACUCACAUAGAGAGAAGCCCAGUAUUUUCUACCAGCAAGAGUUGCCAGAGAGUCAUCUAAGUGAACAGUCUCAACAAGCUGCAACUGUUUCUGGGUUCAUUGACCAGAAGACUGGGAUACCAACAGGAACCUCAACUUCUUACUCACAUGGAGAGAAGCCCCAUAUUUUUUAUCAACAGGCAUUGCCAGAAAGUCAUCUAACUGAACAGGCUCUGAAAGUUUCAGCUGUUCCUGGACUUGCUGACCAAAAGAGUAGGAUACCAACAGUAACCUCUACUUCUUUUUCACAUGGAGAGAAGCCCAAUAAUACCUACCAACAGGAGUUGCCAAUUAGUCAUUUAACUAAAGAGGUUCAGAAAGUUCCAACUUUCCCUGGACUAGCUCAGCAGAAGACUGGGAUACCAGUAGCACCCCCUACUUCCUACUCAGUGAGAGGAAAGACCAGUUUUUUUUAUCAGAAGGACUUGCCAGACAGUCAUCUAACUGAACAGGCCCAGAGAAUUUCAUCUAUUCCUGGACCUGGUGACCAGAACACUGGGAUACAAACAGUACCCUAUAGUGCCUACUCACAGAGAGAGAUACCCAUCGUUUUUUACCAGCAAGAGUUUCCAGAUGGUCAUCUAACUGACCAGGCUCUAAAAGUUUCAUCUGUUCUGGGACCAGCUGAGCAGAACACAGGGAUACCAUCGGGAUCCUCUGGGUCCCACUCAUUUGAAGAGGAGCCCAUUGUUUUUUACAAACAGGCAUUACCAAAUAGUCAUCUGACUGAAGAGUCUCUGAAUGUUUCAUCUGUUCCUAGACCAGGUGACCAGAAGACUGGUAUACUAACAGUACCCUCUAGUUCCAACUCACAUAGAGAGAAGCCCAAUAUUUUCUACCAACAGGAGUUUGCAGAUAAUCCUUUAACUGAACAGGCUCAGAAAGUUUCAACUGUUCCUGGACCAGCAGAACAGAAGACUGGGAUUCCAACAGUAACCUCUGCUUACUCACAUAGAGAGAAGCCCUUUAUUUUCUACCCACAGGGCUUGACAGACAGUCAUCUACCUGAAGAGGCUCUGAAAGUUAUAGCUGUUCCUGGACUAGUUGACCAGAAAACGGGGUUGCCAUCAGAACCUUCUAGUUCCUACUCACAUAGAGAGAAGCCCAAUAUUUUCUACCAACAGGAAUUUGCAGACCGUCCUUUAACUGAACAGGCUCAGAAAGUUUCAACUGUUCCUGGACCAGCUGAACAGAAGACUGGGAUUCCAACAGUAACCUCUACUUACUCACAUAGAGAAAAGCCUUUUAUUUUCUACCCACAGGGCUUGACAGACAGUCAUCUACCUGAAGAGGCUCUGAAAGUUACAGCUGCUCCUGGACUAGUUGAACAGAAAACGGGGUUGCCAUCAGAACCUUCUAGCUCCUACUCACAUAGAGAGAAGCCCAAUAUUUUCUACCAACAGGAGUUUGCAGAUAGUCCUUUAACUGAACAGGCUCAGAAAGUUUCAACCAUUCCUGGACCAGCUGAACAGAAGACUGGGAUUCCAACAGUAACCUCUACUUACUCACAUAGAGAGAAGCCUUUUAUUUUCUACCCACAGGAGUUUGCAGAUAGUCCUUUAACGGAACAGGCUCAGAAAGUUUCAACUGUUCCUGGACCAGCUGAACAGAAGACUGGGAUUCCAACAGUAACCUCUACUUACUCACAUAGAGAGAAGCCCUUUAUUUUCUACCCACAGGGCUUGACAGACAGUCAUCUACCUGAAGAGGCUCUGAAAGUUAUAGCUGUUCCUGGACUAGUUGACCAGAAGACUGGAUUGCCAUCAGAACCUUCUAGUUUCUACUCACAUAGAGAGAAGCCCAUUAUUUUUUAUCCACAGGCCUUACCAGACACUCAUCUCACUGAAGAGGCUCUGAAAGUUUCUACCAUUUCUGGGCCAGCUGACCAGAAGACUGAGAUACCAACAUUACCAUCUACUUCCUAUCCACAUAGAGAGAAGCAUAUUAUCUCACCACAGGCCUUGCCGGAUAGUCACCUACUUGAAGAGGCUCUAAAAGUUUCAACUGUUUCUGGACUAGCUGACCAGAAAACUGGUUUGCCAUCAGAACCUCCUACUUCCUACUCACAAAGAGAAAAGCCUGUUAUUUUCUACCCACAGACCUUGACAGAAAGUCAUUUGUCUGAAGAGGCUGUGAAAGUUUCAGCUGUUCCUGGACCAGCUGACCAGAAGACUGGGUUAUCAUCAGAACCUUCCAGUUUCUACUCACAUAGAGAAAAGUCCAGUGUUUUAUACCAACAAGAGUUGCCAGAUAGUAAUCUAACUGAAGAGGCUCUGAAAGUUUCAGCUGCUCCUGGAACAGGUGAUCAGAAGACUGGGAUAUCAACAGUACCUUCAAGUUCCUACUCACUUGGAGGCGAGUCCAUUAUUUUUUACCAACCGGCCUUACCAGAUAGACAUCUCACUGAAGAGGCUAUGAAUGUUUCAGCUUCUCCUGGACCAGCUGACCAGAAGGCUGGGUUACCUACAGUAUCCUCUCCUUCCUACUCUCAUAGAGAGAAGCCCUUUAUUUUCUACCCACAGGCUUUGGCAGAUGGUCAGCUAACUGAAGAGACUCUGAAAGUUUCAGCUGUUCCUCUCCCAGGUGACCAGAAGACUGGAAUACCAGUAGCGACCUCUACUUCCUACUCAAAUAAAGAGAAGCCCAUUAUUUUUUAUCAACAGGCCUUGCCAGACAGUCAGCUAACUGUAGAGGCUCUGAAAGUUUCAACUGUUCCUGAACCAGGUGACCAGAACACCAGAAAAUCAACAGUAAUCCCUACUUCUUAUUCACAUAGAGAAAAGCCUAUUAUUUCUUACCAAGAAGAGUCGCCAAGUGGUCAUCUAUCGGAAGAGGCUCUGAAAGUUUCAGAUGUUCCUGGAACAGCUGACCAGAAGACUGAGAUAUCUACAGUACUAUCAGGUUCCUAUUCAUAUAGAGAGAAGCCUAUCAUUUCUUACCAGCAAGAUCUUACUAAAGAGGCUUUAAAAGUUUUAGGGGUUUCUGGACCAGCUGACCAGAACACUGGGAUACCAGUAGUAACCUCUACUUCUUACUCUCCUGGAGAGAAGCCCAUCAUUUCUUACCAGCAAGAGUUGCCAGAUCAUAAUGAAGAUGCUUCAAAACUUUUAGCAGUUCCUGGACCAGUUGACCAGAAGACUGGAAUACGAAGUGUGCCCUCUUCCUAUUCACAUAGAGAGGGCCCCAUCUUUUCUUACCAGAAGGAGUUGCCAGAUAUUACUGAAAAAACUUUGGAAGUUUCAGCUGUUCCUGGACCAACUGACCAGAAAACUGGGAUACAAAGAAUCCCCUCAGGCUCCUACUCACAUAGAGAAAAGGGCAGUAUUUUUUACCAGCAGGAGUUGCCAGAUACUACUGGAGAAGCUUUAAAAGUUUCUGCUCUUCCUGGGCCAGCUGACCAGAAGACUGAGGUACCAACAGCACCUUCUAGUUCUUACUCACAUAAAGAGAAACCCAAAAUUUUAACUAUGGUUUUACCAGAUGACCAGAAGACUGGGUUACCAACAGCUCCCCUUAUUUCCUACUCACAUAGAGAGAAGCCCAAGAAUUUAACUGUGAUUGGACCGUCCGACCAGCAGACUCCAUUAUUGACAGUUUUUCGUAAUUCUUAUUCUCAGAGAGUAAAGCCCAGUAUUUUCUUUAAACAGCAUUUGCCAGGUAGACAUCAUAGUGAAGAUAUUGUAAAGAUUUCAUCUGUCUCUGAACCAACUGACGUGAAUUCUGGGAUACCAAUACCUCUUUCUAGUUCCUAUUCACACAGAGAGAAAUCUAAUAUUUUCUAUCCACAGGAAUUGCCAGACAAACAUCUAACUGAAAAUGUACUGAUGGUAUCAACAAUUCCUGAACCAGAUGACCAGAAAACUGUGUUGCCAACAGCUCCUUCUAGUUUUUUUUCAUACCGAGAGAAACCAAAUAAAUUCUAUCAACAGGAUUUGCCAGAUAGACGUCUAACUCAGGAUGCCCUGAAGUUCUCAAAUGGUUUUGGGCAAGCUGAUCAGAUUACUGGGUUAUCAACAGUUCACCCUGGUAUUUACUCACAUAGUGAGAAGCACAAACUUGUUUCAGACCAUGCCCAAAGGCUAAUAGAUAAUUUGGAUUCUUCUAACUCUAGUAUUAUCUCAAACAAUAGGCCCUUAAAUUCUCAAGCUCCUGGUAGAGUUGUAAUACAUAAACCACAACCUUCAGGUUUUGAAGAUGUCAGCUCUGAAGGAAUCCAGGAUACAGAUAAUGGUUCUAAAACUCUUAAAGAGAUCCAGGCACUUUUAAUGGAGGCAGAAAAUAUAGCAUUGAAACGAUGCAAUUUUCCUGCACCCCUUGUACCUUUCAGAGAUGUUAGUGAUAUUUCAUUUAUUCAAUCUAAGAAGGUGGUUUGCUUCAAAGAACCCCCUACGACUGAUGAAUCUAAUGUUGAUUUGCCUCAGAGACAGCCAUUCACAGAGGAGAACCCAAGCAACAAGUACAUACAGAAGGAUAUUAGCACACAGACGAAUCUGAAAUGCCAGAGAGGCAUUGAAAAUUGGGAGUUUAUUAGUUCAACUACAGUUAGAAGUCCUCUACGGGAAGCAGAAAGCAACGCCAGAGCGGCAUUAGAUGAAACCCUUAGGCAAUAUAAAGCAGCCAGAUCGGUAAUGAGAUCUGAACCUGAAGGGUAUAGUGGAACCCUUGGGGAUAAAAUUCUUAUCCCUAUGAUGACUAUCAUAAAAAGUGAUUCAAGUAGUGAUGUAAGUUCCUGCUCAUGGGAAAGUAAUUCCGUAGAGUCAGUUUCUGAUGUUUUUCUAAACUUAUUUCCAUAUACUUCACCGAAAACAAGCAUGACAGAUAGCAGAGAGGAAGAGGGUGUGUCAGAGAGUGAUGAUGGAUGUGGUAGUAGUGUAGAUUCACUGGCUGCACAUGUGAAAAACCUUCUGAAAUGUGAAUCCUCAUUGAAUCAUGCUAAACAAAUACUCAGAAAUGCAGAGGAAGAGGAAUGUCGGGUACGCGCACGAGCCUGGAAUCUGAAGUUUAAUAUGGCUCGUGAGAGUGGCUACUCCAUUUCGGAAUUAAAUGAAGAUGACAGGAGAAAAGUAGAAGAGAUCAAAGCAAAGUUGUUUGGUCAUGAAAGAACUGACUUGUCCAAGGGGUUACAGAGUUCACGGGGAAUAGGAUGCAAGCCAGAUGCUGUCUGUAGUCAUAUUAUUAUUGAGAGCCAUGAAAAAGGAUGUUUCAAGACUCUAACUGCUAAACAACCACAGUUGGACAGCCAUUCCUGUGUCUUCAGAUCAGCUGAACCCUUAGAAAUUAUCAGAGGACAACGGAGCCCAUCAUCAUGGAGAACCAGGCACAUCAACCUUUCCAAAUCACUAGAUCAGAGCAACACCCAUUUCAAAGUUUGGAAUUCCUUGCAAUUACAAGGUCAUUCCCCAUUUCAAAACUUUACAGCUGAUGACUUCAAAAUUAGCAAGGGUUUGCGAAUGCCAUUUCGUGAAAAUAUGGACCCUUGGCUGUCAGAAUUAGUAGAACCUACUUGUGUGCCGCCUGAAGAAAUGGAUUGUAAUUCUUCAUCACAAAUGAUGUCCCCAGAAUCCAUGAAAAAGUUUACUACCUCCAUCACUUUUUCAUCUCACCGACAUUCUAAAUGCUUUUCAGAUUCCUCUGUUUUUAAGGUUGGUGUUACUGAAGAUAGCCAGUGUACUGGAGCAUCUGUAGGGGUAUUUAAUUCUCAUUUCACUGAAGAGCAAAGUCCUCCUAGAGAUCUAAAACAGGAAACCUGUUCCCCUUCAUCAUUUAAAAUCAUUAGUCAUUCACCAGAUAAAGCUGUGACUAUUUUAGCAGAAAGUACUAGGCAAGGCCAUAAAUUAUCUGUUGAACAUUCUCACCAAGAAGAUAAAAUCUUAGAAAGAUCAGAUUUUAAAAGCCGUAAUUCUGAGCCCAGUACCAGUACAAAUUGUAGCAAAUUCAAGGAAGUUCAUUUUUCUGAUGACCAUACCCUCAUUAACAUGGGCAGAACAAGUUCCACACUAGGAGUAAAAGAGACAAAUGUAAUUGUAACUCCAAAUCCUCCGCCCAUAUUUUUUGAACAAAGCAAAGUCCCACAUGCAGAUCACUAUGUAAGAAUACAUCAUUCUCCCCCUCCUCAACAUCAGCAUCAUGUAGCUCCAAAUCUUCCUUGUCACAUUUUUCUUGAAAAACGAGAACUCUUUGAACAAAGCAAAACCCCACAUGUAGAUCAUCAGAUGAGAGAAAACCACUCUCCUCUUCCUCAAGGUCAGGAUUAUAUAGCUUCAGACCUUCCUUCUUCCAUUUUUCUUGAGCAACGUCAGCUUUUUGAACAAAGCAAAGCCCCCGAUGUAGAUUACCACAUGAGAAAACAAUAUUCCCCCCUUCCUCAGGGUCAGGAUUAUGUAGUAGAAAACAAUGAUCAACAUAAGCCUAAAUCCCACAUUUCUAAUAUAAAUGUUGAAACUAAAUUCAAUAAUGUCUCCCAAUCAGCCCCAAAUCAAUAUACAUUAGUAACAUCUCCAUCUACUCCACCUUCAAAUAGAAAAGCACUUUCUUGUGUUCGUAUAACUCUUUCUCCCAAGACUCCCUCCAAGUUGGAUAGUGGAACCAUAGAUAAAAGAUUUCUUUCAUUGGAUCCAGCUUCUAAAACAAGGACGAAUAGUGAGUUUAACUCUGACCUACAAACUAUAUCUUCAAGAUCAUUGGAACCAACCUCCAAAUUAUUGACCAGUAUACCUGUAGCACAUGAUCAAGAAUCUUUAGGUUUUCUAGGACCUAAAUCUUCACCGGACUUUCAAGUCAUACAGUCUCUUCCAGAUAGUAACACUAUUACUCAGGACUUGAAAAUCAUACCUUUUCAGAAUAGCCAGAUAGUAACCUCAAGGCAAACACAAGUGAACUUUUCAGAUUUGGAAGAAUAUUCCAAUCCAGAAGGGACUCCAGUAUCUGCAGAUCGAUCACUGGAGAAGAAUAAGCCCUCUCUUUCUGCCUUCUCUGGAAAACCAUCAUCUGAUGCAGUCACUCAGAUUACAACAGAAAGUCCAGGAAAAACUAUGUUUUCAUCUGAGAUUUUUAUUAAUGCUGAAGAUAAUGGACAUGAAAUUCCAAAACCCAGUUCCCAGAAACUGGGCAAGGUUCCUGUCAAGUUUGCUUCAUCAUCUUCAGUCCAACAAAUUACUGUACCUUAUGGCACAAAUGGAGUUCAGCCUUCACUGUUGCCAUAUAAGCCUUCUGGUAGUACGAAGAUGUACUAUGUUCCACAAUUAAAUAAAAUGCCUUCAUCUCUGGAUUCCAAAUCAGAUACCACCAUUGAGAGCUCACACUCAGGAUCCAAUGAUGCCAUUGCUCCAGACUUCCCGGCUCAGGUGCUAGGCACGAGAGAUGAUGACCUGGGAUUCCCUGUUAAUAUUAAACAUAAAGAGGGGAUCUAUAGUAAGAGGGCGAUGACUAAAGCAUCCUUAUCAAAGGGAAAAAAAACCUUUCAGAAAGAUAAUGCAGAUACCCAGGUUCAAGUUCUUAUCACUGGCGAUGAUAACCUCCGAGACAAAAACCAGAAAAAGAAUAUCUACAAUAAAAAGGCAGUGACUAAACCUGCCCAAUCUAAAGAAAUAAUAUUAUUGCAGAAAGACAUUAGAGAUACCCAGGUUCCAGUUCUUAUCACUGGUGAUGAUAACCUCCAAGACAAAAACCAGAAAAAGAAGAUCUACAAUAAAAAGACAGUGACUAAGCCUGCCCAAUCUGAAGAAAUAAAAUUCUUGCAGAAAGACACUGGAGAUACCCAAGUACAAGUUUUAAUCACUGGAGAUGAUGACCUCCGAGAUAAAAAUCAGAUAAAGAAGAUCUACAAUAUAAAGGCAGUGACUAAGCCUGCCCAAUCUGAAGAAAUAAAAUUCUUGCAGAAAGACACUGGAGGUUACAGUGAUGCUGUUGCUUCAGAACUCUCAUCUCAACUACAUAGCACAAAGGUUGAAAGCCUACCAGACACUAAAGCCAUUGAACAGAAAGAGGAGAUACAAACUGACAGGACAUUUCCUAAGGAAGACUGGUCAGAAGAUAAGGAGUCCUUGCAGAUAGAUAUUGAAGAGUCCAGCUGUCAUUCAGAAUUUGAAAAUACUACCCAUUCUGUGUUCAGGUCAGCCAAGUUUUACUUUCAUCAUCCAGUCCACCUACCAAGUGAUCAAGAUUUUUGCCAUGAAUCUUUAGGGAGAAGUGUUUUCAUGAGGCAUUCUUGGAACGAUUUCUUUCAGCAUCAUUCAGACAAACAACAUAUUAGUCUUUCUUCCCCUUGUCAAAAUGAGGAAAAAACGAAGACAGACUACACUAGAAUAGAGAGUCUCAGUAUCAAUGUAAACUUGGAAAACGAAGAAGAGUUACAACAUCUUACUAAAAGUCAGGCUAGUGAUCAUGCAAAAUGUGACAAACAAAUUAAUGAUCAAAAAGAGGAUCUUAAGGUCACACCAGAGCCCACAGCUCAGCACAUUACAAGUUUGAAUGAACUCUGGAACAAGUAUCAGGAACGACAGAAGCAACAGAAACCUCUAGGGAUCAGUAGCGGGAAAGAACUAUCCUUGGUGGAGCGACUUGAUCGUUUGGCUAAACUUCUUCAGAAUCCCAUUACACAUUCUCUUCGACCCUCAGAAAGUACACAGGAUGAUAGCAGAGGGCAGCGAGAAUGGAGUGGUAGACAGCGACAGCAGAAAAACAAGCUUCAGAAAAAGAAGCGAUAUAAAAGCCUAGAGAAAUGCCAUAAAAACAUAGGAGAUCUUAAAAAAAGCAAGGUGCUUUCUACUCAUCAAGCUGGAAGGUCUAAUCAGAUUAAAAUUGAGCAGGUUAAAUUUGAUAAAUAUGUUCUGAGAAAACAGCCAGGUUUUUGUUAUAUAAACAAUACUUCUUCAGAUUCUAGACCCUCAGAAGACAGUGAGCUGCUCACAGAUACUGCCACCAAUAUCCUUUCCACCACAGCUUCUCCUGUGGAAUCAGAUAUAUUGACUCAAACAGAUAAAGAAGUGACUUUGCAUGAGAGGAGCAGCUCUAUUUCCACCAUUGACACUGCCCGAUUGAUCCAGGCUUUUGGCCAUGAAAGAGUUUGUUUGUCACCCAGGCGAAUUAGAUUAUAUAGCAGCAUCACUGAUCAUCAGAGGAGAUACAUUGAGAAGCGGAGCAAGAAGAAGAAAGCAUUGAGUACAGAUUAUCCCCAAAUGACUUCUGAACACACCAGAAGGAAACGCAUCCAGGUGGUAAACCAUAUGAUUUCUUCUGACUCUAUUUCAUCUUCUGCCAGUAGUUUCUGGAGCUCGAGCUCUACCCUUUGCAACAAGCAAAGUGUACAUAUGUUAAACAAGGGUGUGCAAGCAGGUAACUUGGAGAUUGUGAAUGGUGUCAAAAAACACACUCGAGAUGUUGGGGUGAUUUUCCCAACUCCAAGUUCUAGUGAGGCUAGAGUGGAAGAGGACAGUGAUGUGACUUCUUGGUCAGAAGAAAAAGUAGAAGAAAAAAGACGCCUUACCAGUUAUCUUGGGGACAAAAAAUUAAGGAAGAACAAGCAGAGUUGCUAUGAAGUUUCAUGGUUUGUUCCUGUGGAACAUGUGAAGUCUGAUCCGAAGAAGGAAAACCUGCUCAAGCAUCGUGGACCUGGUGUCUCCUGGUUUGCACCAGUAACCAACACCAAACCCUGGAGGGAACCACUACGGGAACAGAACUGGCAGGGUCAGCACAUGGGCAGCCACGGGUCACUAGCAGGCCCAGGCAGAAGUCCACUGAAACCAUUGGUGAAAGCAACCUUACAGGAAUCACUUCAGCUUCACAGACCUGACUUCAUCUCCCGCUCUGGGGAGCGAAUAAAACGCCUAAAGUUAAUAGUCCAGGAGAGGAAGCUGCAGAAUGUGUUACAGAGUGAGCGGGAGGCACUGUUCAACACUGUGAGAGAAUGCCAGGGCCACCGGGACCCCAUGUGCCCGCUCCCAAAGAGAGGUUUCCUGGCUGCCCAGAAGUACAAGCCUGUUGGAAAGAAAGAAAUGAUUCAGAGGUCUAAACGGAUUUAUGAGCAGCUUCCAGAAGUACAGAAAAAGAGAGAAGAGGAAAAGAGGAGAUUGGAAUAUAAGACAUAUCGGUUACGAGCCCAGCUGUAUAAAAAGAAAGUGACCAAUCAACUCUUGGGGAGAAAAGUUCCCUGGGAUUGACUUAAGAUUAUUUUCUUCAGAGCCUUGGAAUUUUAUUUUAUCGACCUGAAGAAGCACAAUCCUUCCUUUUUUGAGCCUGGUUUAAUAAACUCUGUGUGUAAUGUAGAAGUAGUAACUCUCUGAAGAGCCCGGGGCAGAGUGGUAGGUAACGUUAGCAAUGGUUUGGGAG